CUUAAAAAAAUCAGCCGUUAGGGUUAUGAGUAAAUGACCUUUAAAAUGGCAAUGGAAGGAAGGAGAGCACUUCCAGUACUACAACCUUCGUUCUGGGGCUACACUCUCACUGCUUCUUCUCCUCUUCAUUGUUCGUUGCAUGAAUUGUUUGUUAUAAAUAAACAGUCUGUGAUUUAUAGACGAAUGCCCUUUGUUGGAUGAUGGGUCAAAUUGGAGCCGCCAUUGAUCUAGGAGGCCGAGGAGUUUUGCCGUAUUCCUCGUCCCAUCAUCAGAGAGCAAGGGCUUCUGCAUCAUCAUCAUCAUCAAUGGCGGCAAUGCCAUUAAAACAAGCUUCUGAUGAGGUUAAGAUCACUGGGGAUUCGUUUAUACGCCAACAUUUGAGGAAAUUAUCUCCUUAUCAACCCAUUCUUCCCUUUGAGGUUUUAUCAUCUCGGCUUGGGAGGAAGCCUGAUGAUAUUAUUAAGCUCGAUGCAAAUGAAAACCCUUAUGGGCCACCGCCAGAGGUGGCAGAAGCUUUAGGCACAAUGAAAUUUCCUUAUAUAUAUCCUGAUCCUGAGAGCCGGCGUUUGCGCUCUGCCCUUGCUGCUGACUCGGGACUCGAUUCAUCUUAUAUUCUUGCUGGAUGUGGUGCUGAUGAGCUAAUUGAUCUAAUUAUGAGAUGUGUGCUUGAUCCUGGCGACAAAAUUGUCGAUUGUCCCCCGACAUUCACCAUGUAUGAAUUCGAUGCUGCUGUUAAUGGGGCUCUUGUCCUAAAGGUUCCAAGGAAGCAGGAUUUUAGCCUGAAUGUCUCACAUAUUAUUGAAGUUGUGAAGCUUGAAAAACCAAAGUGUAUAUUCCUAACUUCUCCAAACAAUCCAGAUGGCAGCAUAAUCAAUGACGAGGAUAUACUCCAGAUUCUUGCUCUCCCUAUAUUGGUGGUAUUGGAUGAAGCAUACAUUGAGUUUGCUGGAUUAGAGUCCAGGAUGUCAUGGGUGAAGAAGCAUGAGAAUUUGAUUGUCCUCCGGACAUUUAGCAAAAGAGCGGGUUUAGCUGGACUACGUGUGGGCUAUGGAGCAUUUCCGCUUAGCAUAAUUGAGUACCUAUGGCGAGCAAAACAACCAUAUAAUGUUUCUGUGGCUGCAGAAGUUUCUGCUUGUGCAGCAUUGCAGAACCCAUCUUACUUAGAGAAGGUGAAGGAUGCACUGGUGAAUGAAAGGGAGAGGCUGUAUAAACUUCUACUUGAAGUGCCAUAUCUAAAGCCAUAUCCAAGCUAUUCUAAUUUUAUUCUCUGUGAAGUUACUUCUGGUAGAGAUGCUAAACAACUUAAGGAAGAGCUUGCUCAAAUGGGUGUUAUGAUUCGUCACUACAACAAUCAAGAAAUGAAGGGCUAUGUUCGGGUAUCCGUUGGUAAGCCUGAACAUACUGAUGCUUUAAUGAAGUGUCUCAAGAUCAUGUCUCAGUAAGCUUCCCUUUUUGAGCCACCCAACGUCUGAGCCUUGCAAUGCAAUGGCAUUUUGUGCAAUCCAGGACACUGGAUUUCACUAAUAGCAGGGCAAAAAUAAUAUUUAUUGGCAGCCUUCAAUAUUUUUGUUUAUUUAAGCUGUCUACACUGUGGAGGACUUUCGAGCAGUCCUUUUCCCCACUAAUUUUCUGUUUUUCAUGAUUUGAGAUACAAAUACAUGUCAGCCCAAAUGGACAUCAACUGGGAUGUCAUCUGUAGGAUGAUAUUAAUGUCGAUCAGAUUGUUGCGACAUGGACAGCACUCUCGAAAAUGAGAAUCUUGUUUCUGACUC